GGGCUUAUCUAAUAUCUUCCCCAUAAACGGAUUAAACUUUGCAGCUUUUGUUUUCUCUCUGACUCGGCAGACCAAUAUGGCGAUGGCGGCUGAGAGUCUGACAGACGAAUCCAAACCCCAGCUAAUCUUCAGUUACGGCACACUCAAACAAGGCUUCCACAACCACAAACUAACCCAGGACCUCAUCGACCGAAACGACGCCGUGUCACUAGGCCCCUGCAUCACCCAAUUCUCCUACCCUCUCGUUUGCGGACCCCACGGAAUCCCCUACCUUAUCAACCUUCCCGGGUCGGGCCACCGGAUCAAGGGCGAGCUCUACUCUGUCUCAACCCGCGGACUCGCCCGGUUCGACGAGUUGGAGGGCACCAGCAUCGGCCACUACGAGCGCCUCCCUAUUCACGUAAUCCAUGGCAGCGGAGACGGCGUCGUUUCGGCUGAGGCUUAUUUCGCGCACAGAAGCUUUGGCCCUGCGAUGUGGGAGAGAAAUGGCAAGAAGGGUUUGAGCGAGUGGACGGAGAAUGAGGCCAGAGGGUAUGUGAAAAGACAAGAUAGGCCAUACCAGGGUCGCACCAUUCUCGAGGACGUCCGACAAUUUGUUUCCAGGAGAUAGGGGCAGUCUCGGAAAUGUCAGAGGGUUCAGCCGGUGGGGAUGAUUAGGUCACUUUAUCUUGCUUUUCUGCAUGAAUUUGAUUAAAUAUAAUUGAAGUUCAAUUGUUAUGAGUAAUUUGCUAUUGGCAUGCGUGUUAUUGGCUAUUGGCUGAUAGAUUUUUCAAUGUGAUCGUCACAUGAGUUGGUAUUUCGCGUGUUACUAUAUAAAUAGUGGGUUAUGUA